GAACAUAUGAAAGUUGGUGGUUCCUUUUAACAUGAGACUUCAAUAUUCCAAGUAUGAGCACGGGGGAAGACGAGGACUCGGUGACCCUGGAGUCUGUCAACUCUGUCACUCUCACCCAGGACAGCGACGGCAGCAUCAUACUACACUGUCCUCCACACGUGUCAGAGGGAGACGAGAGCUUCGAGGUGACUAUGACCGCCACCGACGACAGUGACAUCACGGAAGAGGGGGUGGCCCAGAUACAGAUCUUGCAGAGUGAGGAUCCUCAGAACAGGGAAGAGAUAUCUCCUGUCAGCCAGGCCUGGUUCACCACCAAGGAGGAUAAAGACACACUAGUUAACAAAGGUCAUAAGUGGAAACAAGGCAUGUGGUCUAAAGAGGAGAUCGACCUCCUGAUGAGCAACAUCCAACAAUAUGUGAAGGGUCGGGGAAUGGAGGACCCAGCUGAGAUCAUCUUUGAGAUGUCUAAGGAGGAGCGUAAGGAUUUCUACCGCAGCGUGGCCUGGGGUCUGAACCGACCGCUGUUCGCCGUCUACCGACGAGUCCUCCGCAUGUACGAUAACCGCAACCAUGUGGGCAAGUACUCUCCUGAGGAGAUCAACAAGCUGAAAGAGCUGAGACAGAAGCAUGGUAAUGACUGGGCCACCAUAGGAGCCGCUCUGGGCCGCAGCGCCUCGUCUGUUAAAGACCGCUGCCGACUAAUGAAGGACACCUGCAACACAGGGAAGUGGAGUGAGGAGGAGGAGAGGCGUCUAUCGGACAGUGUCUAUGCCCUGGCGGGUGUGUGUCCGGGCCGUGCGGUGACGGGCGGGGUGUCGUGGGCGGCUGUAGCUGAUCUGGUGGGAACGCGGUCGGAGAAACAGUGUCGCUCUAAAUGGCUCAACUACCUCAACUGGAAACAGAGUGGAGGGACGGAGUGGACCAAAGACCAGGAUCUCAGCUUAGUACACAGGAUAGUGGAGUUGGAUGUGGAUGAUGAGAAUGAGUUAAAGUGGGAGGAGCUAGCGGGGGGGUGGAGCAGUGUUCGCUCUCCUCAGUGGCUCAGAUCUAAGUGGUGGAGCAUCAAGAGACAAGUAGCCAAUCACAAGGAACUGCCCUUCCACGUGUUACUGAAGGGUCUUCAGGAGUUGAUGGAGACUCAGGUGCCGUUAGGGGUGGGCACUGGGCCAGGUAGCCCUUCCCUGCAGAUCCGAGUCACGCGAUUGGAGGAGUGCUGUAGCUCCCCCCCCCGGCCCGUCACAGCACUGCAGAUCCCCCUGCAGAUCACACACCUGGACAGUGCUGGUGCCAGUGACACAGAGACCAUCACCCUCAACACUGCUGCUCUGCAGACCUUACAGAUCCUACCUUCUUUCCACCUGCACCCUACAGGGACUCCAGGGACAUACUUCCUUCAGACAGCAGCCAAUCAGAGCCUGCCGCUCAGCCUUUCCAGCAAUCCCGUCACACUGACGGCUAGCUCCUCCCCCUCGUCCCCAGAACACAUCAUCCUACACAGCCUCUCGGUGAGUGUUAGGGAUGGAGCCACAUUUACAGAAUGGGUCAACUUUCAGUGGACAUCCCCAUGA